UAUAGGGCAUAGGAUUUUUGCACUUGGUAACGAAAGAGUAUACAAGAUGGUGGCAAAACUAAUUUAGAUGCUUGCUGGUUUUAAAUAGAGUGCUUUAACUAACAAUGGCAACAACAAUUGCACCUGAAGGUGUGCCACCAGAGGCAGUUAAUGCAAGAAGGACAGAAUCAAUUGAUGCUCCGCACAUUCUCAGCCUGGUGCAGGAUUCAACCAAUAGCCUUUUUGGCAGAGUCAACAUAGUUAAUGUCAUAGAGAAGGCAGUUUUGGCAGUUACCCUGUGUAAUGACAAGGAUGAGAUACUCGGACAUGCAGCAUUCUUUGACUACCCCAAUGUGGCUGAUGUGGAUCAAGCAGCUUGGCAGGAGUGGUUGAAAACAUACUACGAUACUGAGAAAUGCACACCACUGAAUACUCUCUUCAUGCACUAUUUUGUGGUGAAGAAUGACUAUGCUCAUGGGUGUGCAAGGGAGAUUGUGAGAACAGCAUUCAAUGCUGUACCAGAUGUACACUUCCUCUUCUUGGCAGUUCCUGUUGGCUCUUACCCAGAUUCUUACAUAGCUGACAUAUUCAAGCCAAUGACGAUCAUUGGAGACAAGUCACCCAGCCAAUGUGCAGUGUUUGCAUGCUACAGACAUGACCAUGUCCCUGUGAUACAUGUUAGACAAGCCAGAGUUGAAGAUCAUGAUGACCUCACACCAAUAUUCAACCGGCAAAGUGACAUGUUGAACAUGACUUACGGUGAUUAUUUCCUUGCUGAGCUUAUUGAAGCACAGGAUGAUCACAUGCACUGUCUCAUUGCUGAGGUUGGAGGUACAGCGUAUGGGUUUAUGAGUAUCAGCGAUGACAUCAACUACAACCUUCUCAAUGAAUGUUUUGAGCUUGGCCCUUUUCAUGGGCUGAAAAAGCCAAGUCCAGAAGAUGAGACAGAACCACCCAAACCGCCCACACCCUCACCGCCUCUAGAAGAGGAUAAAGCUCCAUCUCGAGGGUCAGUGAAGUCAGGAAGCAGCAGUACUGGGAAGCCUACAGAGAACACAGAGACGGACCUGUCCAAGGUGGCUGAAUCUAUCACUGCAGAGUCGGGGGAGAGGACAGAGGGUAGCAGACACUCCAGUACCAGAUCAUCCAGGGCUGGGAGUGCUGUGAGUGAUGUGAAGGUGAAACCACGCCUGAGUGACGCCCACAUGGGGGGCAGUACUGGUUCCCUGAUCAGCCAGGAGGGGGAACCAGCAGACGUGCGUGAAGCAUCAUUUAGAACUUCAUCAUCUAUUGUUGAGGAUCAGGGUGUUUCUCUGAAGCCGCCCGGCACUCAGAACCAGCGGUUCAUACCCACAUAUAAGGGUGCAGGGAAUGCAUUCAGUGUACAACUCUUCUGUAUAGAUGAGAGAUAUGAAAUGAGAUCAUCUGACUUUCUAGCUAAGGCAUUUGAGCAUUUCUCAGACUGUGAUUUCUGUAUUAUGACUGUCCCUCAUCUGGUGCCAGAGUUUCCUCUCCUACAGAACUUUGUGCGUGUAACCCCGCGUUGCCCCAGCACUCUGCCUCAGGAGCUCUAUGUCUUUCACAGGAAUGGACUCUUCAAGGACUUCGCAGUACGACCAGCUGCAUCUAAGGACUGUGGGGGUGUGGAGAAACUCACUAAGACAAUUGCCCUCCAUGAGAACCUUCUCAAGGACCUCACCCAGUAUGUCAAGGCCAAGCGAGAUGAUGAUGGAACAGAGAUCCAGGCAUUUGUUGCUGAGAGCCAACAGCAAGUUAUUGGGGUGGCCAUCAUCAGGAUUGAGGAGAACAUAGAGUAUAUUCGCUCUCACUACAACAUAGAGGACUUUAUCUACUACAACCACCACCGUCGGGCAGACCAUGGACGCCUCCACCACUUUGCCAUCAACCCCAUGUUUGCACACCUCUCCAAACAUUUCCUUAAGGAAGUUCUCAGAAUAGGACACAAGACCUGUUUGUACUACCCGUUAUAUCCUCAAUACACUGAUAAAGAGGUUGUUGUGAAUUUCUCACUGGUGGGCUGCAUGCGAGAGAUGGUCCCUGUGCGUCACCGACGCCAAAUUGUCUACCCCCUGGAACAGCUAGGCGUAAACGCUCCAUCCAACCGUGUCCUUACUGAGCACCCACCAUUUGCCCUCCACCACAUCAACCGAAAACUCACACUUGAACCAAAGGUGACAAUAAAUGCCAGGAUAGUUGUUGUGGGAGCCUCAGAUGUUGGUGUUGGUUUCCUAGAAGCUUUGGCUUACUGCCCCCACUUGCACUUCAACAACCUGACACUAGUGUCACCCCAUGGGAUAACACCAGGGGAGAUGGCCCCAGACGACAUGCGGGAGAACAUGUUGGGUAGCAGCCACUGCUACUCACACGCCGAUUAUGCCCGCAUUGCCCUACAGGCAUCUGUGAACAUCGUGUAUGGAAAUAUGACCGCCAUUGACCGAAAGAAAAAGUUUGUCCAGAUUGACGGGUCAACUCGAGUGCCGUAUGACCACCUUGUGCUGUGUACUGGGGAGCAGUACCAGGUUCCGAUGCCUACCAACGCUGACGUGAAUGCUGGGACCACAAAUGACAAGCUGCCCUGUGACCCCAACAGAAGAUUUACGGGAGAGAGACCCAGGAAUCUCUUCACUGUCAAUGAUGCUUAUGAGGCUGCUGUGGCACUGUACUGGAUUGAGAAUAAUCUAGCCAAAAAAGACAGAAAGGUUGUGGUAUAUGGAGGUAGUCUGGAUGCCUACACAUGUGUACAGACCUUGCUGGCCAUGGGUGUGGCAGGAUCCAACAUCAUCUUUGUUCAGACCCCUCUACAAUAUGAGGUCACAUGUUUCAACAACCCGACCAUUGAGGAGACCAUGUUAAAGACCCUGCAGGAAAGUGGUGUACAGCUGCACAGCGGCUACAUCCUCGCCAAGUAUGUGACAGGUGAUGCUGGUGAGAUUCGUGGGGCUACCUUCACUUCCGCAGACAGCCCUCUCAAAGUAGACUGUUGUGCAUUCUUCGCCUACUGCAGAAAAGGAGUUGAUAUAAAUGCUUUCACAGCCAUCAAUGAUGCAUGUCUGGUGUAUGAUGGGAAGCUGGUGAUUGACGCGUAUUUCCACACAAAUGACGUGUGCAUCCGUGGGGCCGGCUCUCUCACAAAAUUCCAGAGAAAAUACCAUGCCGAGAAGUGGUCACAUGCCAACUUUAACUCAAAGGAAGUAGGAAUCCAUCUGGCUACAGAGAUGUUGCGCCUGUUUGACCCAACUUUAGAGCAGCAGGCCACACCUCCAGAGGAACAGCUCAACCUCAUCCCUAUCUACCGCAACCCAAAGAUACAUGGGGCUCUCCUUCCAGGUGGUUACCACUACCUGCACGUGAAGAAGCCAGGACUGGAUGUGCCGCUCGUGGAAAAGAUGGGACAAGCAGAUUUUGGUCGUGAGCUGGUGACAGGGACACCAGGCGGGGAGAUGGAGUAUUUCCGACUGCAUGUGAACCAGUACAAGAACAUAGAGAGCAUCACUUGCCUCUCAAAACAGGGUUUCCCGAGCAGUAACCUGAUCUGUUUGUUUGGUCUCCAUGAGCGCUGCAUGAACAACCUUGUGUCCAGGUUUAAUGAAGGCCUUAUCAAGGACUUCUACAAGUAUUUCAGUGAGACGUGGGCCCUGGCCAUAUACCAUGACAGGUUUUCUGACUUCCGGGAGGAGUUGCGGGAACUGCUCAUCACCAGACCGGGUGAUGGUACCGAGUCCCUGGAGGAAAGAGUACGAAGCCUUGUUGAUCCAGAGAUGCCUCUGUCGGAGAAGCAGCGUGGUGAGCUAGAGGGGCUGUAUGCCCAGACAGGCGGCAAGCGGGCGGUCGAGGCCAGACUCCUCAACUUCCUCUCCUACAACUACUACCACCUGCCCAUGUAUGCCAAGCCAGGCAUGGUCUGAUGAGCUCAGCCUAAUAUACUGGCUGUGUAUGCCUACGAAGACUGAAUGCUGCUGGAAUAUGAACUCCCAAACAUUCACUGACACACUGAGAGUAAUAUACAUGUACAUGUAGUUCCUUGUUACUGGUUGACAUUUCUGUGUAAUUGAUAUGAAUGUUGAAGUUUGUUCUCUGAUAAUACAUUUAUACAUUUAAUGAUUGUGAAAUGAAUAAGUGUCAGUCUUAGUAACUGUUGAAUUCUUAUUGUUGUUGUUUUGGAACACAAUAACUGUGUUAUUCUUAUAUUAUCUAUGUUAUGAUGUGAUGUAUGCGUUUGUUUAUAUCUUCUAUCAAUUGUUUCCAUUUAUGCACAUUUUUGUGUUGUUUCCAUCAUUUUUCACAAUUGUUGAUGUUGUCGAUAAAAUUUAUAUAAUUUGUGAAAGUGUUUCUGGUAUAUAUUGUAUUAUAUAAGUAUGGUUUACAUAUCUGUCAUUUUGAAUGAAUUUCAAAAAUUGUGAUAUUGUCAUCUUCUAAUAAAAUCAUUUAAGAUAG